GGCGGUGACGGCCGGGGCCAUCGCCUGCCCGCCGGGUUUUCCCCCCCUUCCUGCCGGUCCGCCGCUCGCAGCCCGUUAAAAAGAGCAGGCAAGAUGGCCGAGCUGGGCAGCAAGGGGGUCACGGCCGGGAAAAUCGCCAGCAACGUGCAGAAGAAGCUGACCCGGGCGCAGGAGAAGGUCCUUCAGAAGCUUGGUAAAGCAGAUGAAACAAAAGAUGAGCAGUUUGAACAGUGUGUGCAAAACUUCAACAAACAGCUGUCCGAAGGCACGAGGCUGCAGAAGGACCUCCGCACUUACUUGGCUUCUGUCAAAGCUAUGCAUGAGGCCUCCAAGAAGCUGACAGAGUGUUUGCAGGAAGUUUAUGAGCCAGAUUGGCCUGGGAGAGAUGACACAAAUAAAAUAGCAGAGAACAAUGAUCUCCUGUGGACAGAUUUCCAUCAGAAGUUGGUGGAUCAAGCACUUCUGACCAUGGAUACAUACCUUGGCCAAUUUCCAGAUAUUAAAUCUCGUAUCGCCAAGCGAGGAAGGAAGCUUGUGGAUUACGACAGUGCCAGGCACCACUUUGAAGCCCUGCAAACUGCAAAGAAGAAGGAUGAAACCAAAAUUGCAAAGCCUGUUUCGCUGCUUGAGAAAGCUGCGCCUCAGUGGUGUCAAGGGAAGCUACAAGCUCACCUCGUUGCACAAACUAAUCUGCUCCGAAAUCAGGCCGAAGAAGAGUUGGUAAAGGCUCAGAAGGUGUUUGAAGAGAUGAACGUUGAUCUGCAGGAGGAACUGCCUUCACUAUGGAAUAGUCGUGUUGGUUUCUAUGUCAACACAUUCCAGAGUAUAGCUGGCCUAGAGGAGAACUUCCAUAAAGAAAUGAGCAAGUUGAACCAAAAUCUUCACGAUGUCCUGCUGGGUCUAGACAAGCAGUACUCAGGCAAUGCCUUACCUGUUAAAGCACAGCCCAGUGACAGCACCCCAGCGAAAGCAAAUAAAAGCCCCUCGCCUCCACCAGAUGGAUCUCCCAUCACCAGCCCUGAGACCAAGACUGCCAACCAUGAGCUGGAGCCGUCCACUUUGGAAGCACCUGGGGCAAGCAUCCCAAAGUCACCGUCUCAGUUGAGGAAAGGGCCUCCGGUGCCUCCGCCUCCAAAAGUCACCCCCUCCAAGGAGAUCAAGCAGGAGAACAUCAUCAGUCUGUUUGAUGACAAUUUUGUCCCCGAGAUAAGUGUGACAACCCCUUCGCAGUUUGAUGCCCCUGGGCCCUUCCAGGAGGGAGCCAGCCUGUUGGAUCUGGAUUUUGAUCCCAUUAAACCAGAUGCCACUGUGGGGAAGACCCCCACACCCGCCUCCCAGUCUUUACCUUGGGAUUUAUGGGAGCCUGCAGAAGCAGCCCGUGCAGGAGCUGAAGCAGCUGGAUCAGAAGCAGCAGCUGGAGCUGAAGCAUCUAAAACUGAAGCUGACUCAGGAUCGCAGAGCUCUUUGCCUGCUGUUGUUGUGGAAACUUUCCCUGCGACUGUCAAUGGCACUGUGGAAGGAGGUGCUUCAUCUGAGAGAGCUGACAUGCCCCCAGGAUUUCUGUUCAAGGUCCAGGCCAUGCACGAUUACACGGCCACCGACACUGACGAGCUGCAGCUGAAGGCCGGGGACGUGGUGCUUGUGAUUCCAUUUGAGAACCCUGAGGAGCAGGAUGAAGGAUGGCUGAUGGGUGUGAAGGAGUCUGACUGGAUCCAGCAUAAGGAACUUGACCAAUGCCGAGGGGUUUUCCCUGAGAAUUUCACAGAACGGGUGCAGUGAAAGUCCAAGCCCACCAGCCGCGUUUCUGCUGGAAGAAAGCAAGUUUUCUGGUAGAUAACUGAAAAAGAACAACAAGAGGAAAUGAAGAGAGAAUAAUGAAGGAAUAGAAGCCUGAAAAAAAAAGUCAACUUAAAGGGUGUGUUCUUCUCAAAGGGCAAGGUUUCAGAAGUUAAUUGAAAUUCAAAGUGUUAUUGAAAUAUAUACAUAUUAAUAAUAAUAAGGCAAUUCAGAUACCCUCUUCCCCUUUGGUUUAAACAGCAUUUGGAUUCAAAGGACUGAUGCAGAAGCAACUCAGUGAGGUUCUCCAAGUACUGCAUUGACUGAAUUGUCAGAUGUCAGUCUGAUUCCUGGAAAGGCAGUAUUUGUUGAAUGGCUUGAAAGUAGGAGCUGCAUUUGCUCUUGGGUGGGCUAAUCUGUUUUGUCUUGAAGGUGGCUUGCAUGGCAACCAUAAAAAUUCAGCCUUCCCUACAUCUUCAACCUACAGUAGGCCAAACUUUCUGUUAUGCUGUUGAAAAAAAAAUUUAGUGUAUAGUGUUCACCACUACAAUGUAUGUGUGUGUGUGUGUAUUUUAUUUUCUUCCUUUAAAACAAUGUUACAUAAACUGUGAUUUUAUACAUGUAAAGAGAGAAGAAACUACAUGGAAAGGGCAUGAAGAAGGUGAAAUGUGUGAAGCUGUGCUCAGUCCAAAGUUCUUUCAAAUGCGGAUGCCUAAAUUCUCACAGUAGUGUUGGCCUUUGAAAACCUAAGGGGAAUGGACAGAUUCAAGAGGAGAAACAAGACAAAACAAAUAGAUGCCAUUUGGAUGUCUGAAAUUUAGGAGAGGGAAUCCUCUAGUACACACAUCCCCAUCCCUUACCCCCCCAAAAAAACCCCAAACCUAUUGGUGGUUUCAGAAAAGUUAGAUUCAUGUAGAUGGAAAAUAGCUCUAAAAUCUACUGGUUAGAAAAUUUGCUUUUAAGGACAGAUAAGGGAAUUUUUUUUCUGUAAGAAUAUCAAAGCAAAAACACUGAUAAAAAACAAAUUACUUUCUGUGCUUUUCAUUGGCGUUGUUUUUUGUGGAAUUGUAGUUCUUAUUUUCCUUUGAAGAGUUCUGUAAGUGAAAUAUCGUUAGAUCAGCUUUCUCCAGUGCUGUGCUGAUGAUCAAGUUAACCUCUAUGAAAACUGGACUCUUGAAAUGCUUGUUUAAAAUGGCUGUGUGACUUCAUGCUAUUGUAAUGCAUUAGAAAGGAAGGCAAGAAUAUCAAAGUGUCAGUGUCAAGAAGACACUCUGCAGUCUAAUACUGAUGCUGAGUCCUUUACUUUACCUUUCCUUUGCUUCUGUUUGUUUUUGAAUUGUUUUUUUUUUUUUUUAGUUUAGACAAGCAGAUGACAAGGCAUAUUCUAAGUGCAUAUUACACUUGUUAAUAUAAGCCGGUCUGGCUCUCUCCAAGACUCUAAAGUCCCACAAAGGUACUUUAUAAACUUUACUUGAAUACUGAUGCAGCUGGCAAGCAAGUCAGGCUAUUUUAAUUUUUUACAGCUUCCCCUCCUCCCCCACGAUUGUUUUGCCCUGAAGGGAUUUUUAACAGUGAGGUUACGCCACGCUCAGGAUCACUCUGAAAUAAUCUUCCAAACUGGUAGGAGUUGGCUUUUGUCAAAGCUGCACCAAAUGCUGACAGAGUACUGAAAAUCUCACCUUUUCCAGUCUGUUUGGAUUAUUUGUAGGACAACAGAAAAACAUUGUAGGGCAAAAAUUGUGUUUAAAAAAAACACCAAACAACUUAGUUUGGAGGAACAGAUUUGAUUUUGAUUAGAAAAUAUAUUCUUAUAGAUGCAAGCAUUGUUGGAGUUCCUCCUGCUUUCAGCUUGGGAGAUGAUCCAUGGUAGUUAUUUACAGCAAUGUAACAGGCAUUAAAUCUGUCCUAUACGCCCAAAUCCCUUCUCCUUUUUAAAAGAAAAAAUGUGCAGGAAUUUAUUUUGCAUCACUGUUAAAAAACCCCAACAGUAUUUAGGAGUAACUGCUCACAAUACAGAAGGACUGGACUCCACAAAUUAUGGUAUGGUGAGCUGUUGCUUUAGAAUACUGCCCUGUUUGACUUUUUUUUCCUUUUUCAUCAGGGUUGUCUUUAUUAUUACUCUUUUUUGUUUUUCAGAAUAUCUAUUUUUAUGCAUUUGUGACUCCCAUUACUCCUUUAAAGAUUAUUCAUAUAAAAAUAUACAUUUAAAUAUAUAUAGAAAUAUAUAUAUAAAAAAGCGGGUUGAUCCAAUUAACAUAAUGCUGUCAGCUUAAAAUGUUUAUUUUUAUGCAAAACCUGUGGAUAAUAGCUUUGUUUUUUUUAAAAAAAGGACAAGAUUCUAAGUUACCAGAGCUGUGAUUUUUGUCUUGUAGUAACUGUUCUAGACCAUUUAGAAAGCUGUGCUGAUACCUAAUUUAUUGUGGGGUGUUUUUUUUGCUGUUGUUGUCCUCUGCUGUGCUUGAACCAGAUGACUGUCCCAAAAAAGAUCCUUGUAAGGCCUUUUCAUUUUAUUGAGCUUGCAGAGCAACUAUCCAGUACUGUAUUGUCCCUGCAGAAGUGGUAGCACUUUGCAAAAAAGGGAUGUUGUUUUCAGGUCACGUGAGUGAUGCUCCAGUGUUGCUGGUGGGGAGAGUCUUGUGCCUCUCUCCAUUUGCUUCCCCCAGCCCCAAAACCCCCAAGCCCCCUGGCUUAGAGCAGGUUAGGGUGGGUUACCUGGAUCUUGCAUUGCUCACAGAUAAGUGGUGUCAGCACAUCUCAGUCAGGUUCUGAAAAUGCAGGUUCAGACCCACAGUUUAUAAAUUGCCUUAUGUGAAAGUAGGAUGGCAGAGCAGGAAACUUGUAGAUGGCAGUGUUCUUUAGAGCCAGGAGAGCUGUCUCCUGGGUCGUUCAGCCCCUUGUAAACAGCCAUGGCUCCUCCCAUUUUCAGUGUUUUUACAUCUCCUAAAUACCUUGAUUCUGGUUGGUGUUACCUGGUGAAAUGAACUUCCCCUUUUCUUUGGUUUAGAUCUGAUUCAAAUAGAAAGAGGGACAGUAAACUCUCGAGUAGGCUGUACCCUUCUGGUUUUUCAGUUUGCAGGCUGAACUGAAAAAUCUGAGAAAAAAUGUAAGGGUGACGUGAGACAAUUUUUUUUUUUCCAUUUUCACAGUGGAAUGAAAAAGGGAAAAAUUGAAACAAACAAAUCCUUUCAUACCAAAAUGAAACAUUAAUUUCUAGGCUUGCAUUUUAACAAAUGUUGUCUUGGGCUGUAACAAGUUGCUUUGAAGCAAAAAUGUGAAACCUUCUGUUUUGAAAAUGCUGAAAGAAACUGUUUUAACGUUAAUAGUCUUUUUGCCUUUGCCUUUUUUCUUAAUCUGAUGACUGCUUUCAGUUAACUCUAAACUGUGUUUUUUUGCAAAUAUCCACUGAAGAGAACCCAAAGAAGCCCAGUUCUGCUCCACUGACAGAUACACUGGACACAUUUCAGGGAUUACUUGGUAUCUGGCCCAUCAAAGCUGCUGUUUUCCCCAUUUAAUAAUCUUCCACUUGAUUGUUCUACUGGGUGAAAAAUAAAAGCAUCUCUCAUCCCGUGCCAUUGA